GAUCGCGUCAGUGCUCGCCGUGCAGCCUCCACGAGAUAACGUGACAUCCGGCGCGUUACGCGCGUGGGAGAACGACGUGAGAAAAAACAGCCCCUUGGAAAGUUUAGCCCCUACGACUUUACGACGCGUGCGGAUGGACCUGAUGAGAUUUUAAAGGCUCGACUUUAUAAGAGCGUGAUUUAUUUACACGUAUAAAUUUUACCUUGAAAGGUUUUCAAGAGUGAAAUUAUUAAUAAAAAAAAAGUUAUAUAAACUUUUUGAAAUUCACUGAUAAUAACCAAUGUGUUUUAGAAGCUUGUGUGUACCUACUCUAGAUAAUCCGUGAACUAUCCAAGUCGGGAGAAAUUUUUAUCAAUUAAAUCAUUACGGUGUCAGUGUUUUGUAUAUCGAAAGUUCAGCGGGUGACAGUUUUCAAUAAUUAAGUAAAAAACUUAUUUUUUUUUUCACCGGCUAUUUUAUCCAAUUUACGUAGGACGUAGAGGAACGAUAUUUCUUCGUUAUCCGAAAUGUUUAUUUGCGCGAAUUGUCAGUGUGAUUAAUAUAUGAUCAGUCGGUUCAAAAUUAAUAAAUCGCUAAUUGCUAAUGAACUGUGUCAAUCGUAACUGUGAACUGAUUUUAUUCCUGCUGAUUUUAUUCCGAUAGGAAUAGAAUACUUUUUAUUUAUUAACUUUGAAUUAUGCUUGUGACGUGAAUCUGUGCGAAAUUUUUCAUCGCCAUGGAGUUAUAAGGGUUGCUGAUUUCAUCUUUACACUUUUUACGUGAAUAGCAGGUGCCGCCUGCUGGAAUCCAAUAGAGAAGGCCAAAUCAUCUCGGCAGGACAUGGCGGAAGAUUAAUAAGAAAAAAUCGAUCAAGACUCCUUCAAGGCAGUAUACUUAUACUCGGUUCGACUCGAUCGAGCUGAAGUUGCGCGAGGACCUGAAAACAAAGUGCCAUCUUCUUGUAGGAUAUAGUCAAACUGUAGUAACUCUUGGAAGUAAGUGGAAAAGUGCGAAGGGUGGGUGUUGCGUUUGAGGAGGAGGUGACUGAGGGGUGAACGUGCCGGGGGUGAAGUUUUUGGAGGAAGUGGCGAUCAGAAAGAGAAGACGAAGAAGGUGGGGGUGAGAAGAUCAAGCGGAAGGACCAGAAGAGCCGGAAGGGGGUGGCGAGGGCAGGAAUUGACAGAUGAGAAUUUGAGCGAUAGAAAGUGGUACUCGGAAGGGGUUGGAGGGACGUAAGAGGAGAAGGUGGGGAGGACGACCAAGGGCGGAAGUGUAAGUGUUGGUGGGGGUGGAAGUGGUGUCGUGUAAAAGGGCGCGGAAAAAAAGAAGAAAGUAAAAAGGAGGUAGAAAGAGGGAGGGGUGGACAAGGAGUUCGCAGGGUCGAGGAGGGACAGUGAAUUAGUGCUCUUGCCGUUGACGUGACGUGACGUUGUCGGGGCGUCGGUACGUCGGGACGUCGAGGCGUCGAGAUGGAACGAGAUGGGAGAGGCGCCACCAGUCGUGGCAGGGCUUUGCUUUUUGCGAUUCUUGGGAUUUUCGCUCUCGUCGCUUUGAGUCCCUGCCAUGCGAGAAUCACCAAUCAGGAAAUAGUAACGAUGACUGAUGCCCAGGCUGUGGCAGGAGGUAUUGCGCAAUUACCAUGUGACGUUGAACCUCCAGUUCCUGGUGACAGGCUACAUCUUGUUAUCUGGUAUAAAGAUGUGCCACAAGAUUCUGGUGUAAGUGCGGAUACGCCGAUUUACAGCUUUGACACCAGAGGUCGGGCAGCUCUGGAACAAGGAAAACACUGGCAGGAUCCUAGUCUUGGCAGAAGAGCAUUCUUUCGGCAUUCCGAGGAACCUGCAAAGCUCAGUCUUGAAUCUGUACGUGAGAGUGAUGCAGCUGUAUAUCGUUGCAGAGUUGACUUUAAACAAUCACCUACAAGGAACAGUAAAGUCAAUCUUACUGUUAUAAUUCCACCAGAACAACUAAGCAUAUUGGAUGAAGAUGGGGGUUCCCACAUUCCCCAUUAUAUUCUUGGACCAUACAGCGAAGGUGCAUCACUUAAUAUUACUUGUGUCGCUGCAGGUGGUCGACCUCAGCCGCGGGUUACGUGGUGGCAGGAAAAUGCCCUUUUGGACGACAGUUACGAGACCGUCGGCACCAAAAGAGUUCGAAAUAUAUUACGAUUGGAAAAGUUGGAACGUAAACAUUUGCAUGCAGUAUUGACGUGUCAGGCUUCGAACAACAACAUGGUCGCACCGAUAUCCAGUUCCGUUUCGCUCAACAUGAAUUUGAGACCAUUGUGGGUUCGCAUGCAAAGCGACAAUAGACCGUUAAGCGUCGGGACGACCUACGAGAUAGGAUGCGAAGUAGUAGGCGCCAGACCUAUGCCGACGAUUACAUGGUCCAAAGGAAGCAUGACGUUGCGCAACGCGCGUCAGACGAUGAGUCCCGACGCCAAUACCACUACCAGUGUCCUAACUUUCGUACCGAGCAUCGACGAUGCUGGAAAGUUUCUCUCCUGCAGAGGAAGCGUUCCCGUUAUUCCAGAUUCAGCAAUGGAGGACGGAUGGAAACUCGACAUACACCACGAGCCUGUAGUGUCACUCGAAUUAGGUAGUAAUUUGAAUUCAAGUGCCAUUCGCGAAGGAAUGGACGUUUACUUCGAGUGCAACAUCAAGUCUAAUCCUUGGGUUUACAAAGUUUCUUGGCGCCACAACGGAAAUCCACUUUACCACAACGCGGCUACAGGAACGAUAGUAAGCAACCAGAGUCUCGUGCUGCAGAGCGUGACUCGGAGCAGGGCUGGAAUUUAUACGUGUGUCGGUAGUAAUCAAGAGGGUGACGGUGAGAGCAACCCUCUCAACCUGGACAUCAAGUUCGCUCCUGUUUGCCAUCCUGGCCAAACGAAAGUCUUCGGCGUGGCUCGACAGGAGACUGCGAGGAUUUCUUGCGAACUUGACGCCAAUCCUUGGAACGUUUCCUUCACUUGGAAAUUCAAUAAUACAAUGGAGGCUGUCGAUAUUGCUCAGGCUCACGUAACUUCUGAUCGGACUCGUUCGGUCGUCUCGUAUACUCCUAUUACUGAAUUGGAUUACGGCACGCUGCUGUGUUGGGGUAGCAACGAUCAGGGGUCGCAGAAUGAACCUUGUGUCUUUCACAUUGUACCGGCUGGUCGGCCAGACACUCCCCACAAUUGUUCAAUUUUGAACCAAACGACGGAUGCACUACAUGUAGAGUGCAGUGAAGGUUUCGACGGUGGUUUACCGCAGAAAUUUACAAUGGAAGUAGAAAUGGACAGCAACACUAACGCCUUGAAAGCUGGAAGUCUCGUUUACAACUAUACCAGCAAGAAUCCAUUAUUCUCAGUCUCAGGAUUGGACGCGGGUUCAGUCUACCACGUGAGCAUAUUCGCCAGCAAUGCAAAGGGCCGUAGCGACGUUGUACGUCUUCGCGCCACAACCCUCAAUCUACCAGAAAGACGCACAGCAGGUGAGAGGCUGGCACGUCCACCAUCGCCGGAGAACUGCACAAUCCGUGAAGAGAGUCCGACGACGGUGAGGGUCAGCUGCGCGGAGAGCGAGUACUUCGACGCGAACACCGCGACCUAUGUACUUCAGGUCUUCGAUGCUGGCACCAGGCGUCUCCUGGCAUCGGCGACCAGCCUGACCCCAAGCAUACUCGAGGUCACGGACCUGCCGGCUGAAAGGAGCCAAUCAGGUCUGGUCCUAUCACUAAGGAUCAUGACCGCUCAUGCAACUAGCGACGCCACCGUACUGCACAGCCAGCACUUUGUGCAAGAGGGUGAGACCCUGGAACACCAGAGAUAUCCAGCAUUGACACCGGUGAUGCUGUCGUUAUCUGGUCCAUUGCUGGGGGCAGUUGUGGGCGCGGCCGCAGGAUUGCUCCUCGUAAUUUUUGUCAUAGUACUGGCCGUAAGGUUACGUUACCGACCUCGACCCCAGGAUGAUAAAGAUUCCCACGACGAUGGCGGAAUGUCAAAUCUCACCGCACCCCAUGAAAAAUCUUCAACCCUCCCUUUGAGCACGGACAGCAUCGAGAGCUUUGAAAAGAAUCCUGACAUCAUUCCACAUGCUAACGAAAGCUCGUAUGCUGAACUUUGCAAAGGAACCUCCCCACGUUUCGUACUACAACAACAUCGCAACGAGCCAUCUUCUUUCGUUCCCACGAACAACGGAUCAGAAUUGACGUAUGCUGAGUUAUCACUGAGAACCGGAAGGCGAGUUCCGCCCAAUUGUUAUCAACCAGUUCCGGUUUCCAGUGUUCAGCGUCCUCAGCUGUUACCCAUGUCGACACUUACGCGACGCCAACAAAUACAAGAACCGACCAUUUAUGCUCAAGUUGCAAGUCAUACUGGGAAGUCUGUCUACGUGCCACCACCGCAUCCGUAUCUGAAUCGUACCGUGGACGAGACUACUGCGGAAACUCCAUUAAUUGCACGUGAUAACAAGAUCACGACGAUCACCGAAUCGGCCAACUCCCUGUGGCGCUCUGCGACGCCGCCGACUUCGAUCGCACCGACAACGUGACUCUACAAGACGGAAUUGUAAAUUAUAAAGUAACCAACAGAUUUCCGAUAAGUAAUCGUCCAGUUUAAUUGGGAAUCAAUGUCCUUAUUCAUCAGACUCUAUGAGAAUCCAUCGGGAUCUUAAGAAACUCUAUCGAUGCUAAAAUUGUUUGUGAAUCACAAGCAUUAACUAGCUAUUAUCUUUAGAUUGAAGAAAAAAUUUGUGGCCGAAGGCGACUAUUGAAAGUAAUUGAAAUCAAAUGGAAAAAGAGAAAAUGCAAAACUCGAAUGAAACGUCAAUGAUCUAGCCGGAAGUAGUGAGCUCUUGUUCAAUAUUAAAUCUUGUUGAUUAAACAAUUUUAAAAAAAUUUAUUUUAAAGAUACUAUAAGAACACUUCGAAUAUCAAUCAAAGGUCUCUCGUAUUCACGCUGCACGAUUCUAACGAAGCAUCGAAAACUCAAAGACAAAAUAAAAUACUCAGAAUUUAGUGUACUCAAGCAUUCCGUUGCUUUGAAUAUCGUUUACUAAUGGCAUAUAGUACAGUAGUAACUGUAGGUACAUACGCUCAAUGGAAUAUUAUUAUUCAUCCAUGAAACCGUUUAAUAAUAUUCUCGAAUAUUAUUGGCAAUCGAUUUAUUCAAAUCUACGUAAGAUUUUAUAAAAUUUUGAAUAAUUCGAUCACGUCAAGUCGACCCGUUCCAUUUAACGAGAAGUACCUACUUACCUUUGACCUCAACAAUUACAAAAGGUCGAAUGGUUUUUUUUUGUUAUUAUUCUUGAGUAUUCUUAUAACAAAUGAUAUUAUUAAUAUUUAGACGUAACAAAGGAGCGCUGUGCGUUACUGUUCACGAACACCAGAAUACCUUUAAUGAGCGAUGAUCUGUGUAUUUAUUCGAAAGAUUUAAAUUCAAAAGAUUCAGAGUAAACCCUUUUUUCUUAAAAAUAAAUUACAUACGUUGAAGUAUGAGCAAGUUUUCUUGCGUGUCUUAACUCAAUUAAUUUAUACUGUGCGUGGCUAAUCGCAUGCACAGCAUGGAGAUAAAUUUUGUUAUAAAUCUUCUUUUUAGAUAAACAGUAUUACUGGUGAACGAAAAUUCGAAGGAAACAUAAUGUCAACAAAAUAAUCGCCGCACUUUGUUAAAUAUCUCCUUAAGAGAAUUACGACGAACUUAUCCCCGAUUUUUCCUCAUCCUCACUAACAAAACGUGAAACGAAAAUCAAUGUACAGAACACGUUUUGAAAAUGUCUGCAAGUCAACCAGGGUUUAAAAAAAAAUGGGAUAGAUACUUAGUGACGUGUAUCUAAUCCUUAGAUUAAUACGAAAAGAAAAUGUAAGUCAAAACGUUUACAAAGAGUAGAGAGAAAUUAAAGUUAAAUAAUGUGGCUUCGUAAACGCCAACAUAAGAAAAAUUCUGUAUUUUGUCAGAUAUUAAUAUUACCGGUGUAAUAAAAAGACUUUGCUAUGUUAUUAUAUUACGAUAUAUAAAUAUAAAUGAAAAUUGAAUAUAAAACAUGUAUAUUAUAUGUACACAUAUAUGUAUACCAUAUAAAUACGAAAAUACGCAUGUGCAUAUGUGUCUACAUAUAAAUAUAAUCUAUAUAUAUAUAAGAUCUUAUAAUUUUAAAUAACGUUUAUCAUAAAUAAGUUUAUUUGUGUAACAUAAAGAAAAGAAAUAAUUGUGCUCAAGAAAAAUUUCAAUAAAUAACAAUUUUGCCUAUGCUAAUAAAAAUUAUUACUAUAGUUAUUUUUCGUAUAUACAUAUAAUGUGGUACAAGAUAUGAUCCGAAUAUUAUAACUUAAGUGCAUUAUAAGUGUAGCGUAGACGUUGCAGUAUUGUAAAAAUCAUUUUGUCUUACAAAAAUGUAUCUGUAUCGACUGUCAACAUCAAGAUAUUCAUUAAAGAAUAUUUCCAUAAUGUUA